GCGCUCCGCUUCAGCAGGAUUCCCCCGGGUUUCCUCUUCUGUUCCCAGCUCGCCCUGCUGACCCGCCGCGCGGUUACCCCAUAAGCCUCGGGGGCACCUCCGGCCCGCUGGAGCCGGCAAUGCCCGAGCAAGGGGUUCCCUCCCGCCCGCCUGUCACACUCGCCUAAGAACAGCCCAGCCAGCGGGCGCGGAGGAGACACGGGCAGGACCCUCGCCACACCCGGUGUGUGCCCUCGUCCCGGGGCUCGAGGGGAAGGAGGGCUGGUGCCUGUGGCCCUGACACCCCGACGGUGCUCAAGCUGCUAUGCAGGGGACACGGCGGUGAGCAGCCCCUGGCUACCCCCUCACCCGGCGGGAUAGGCCAGCCCCUGCCGCCAGCCGGCUCGGGACCACUGCUGGUUUUGGCGCCAAGCGGGAGGCGGCGCUGCUGCGGCCGUGCCCGGUACUGCCUGCCCCGCCGCCGCCGCCGCCCUGCCGAGCUGGGCACAAGGCGCGAGGGAGACGAGCCGGGGCGCGGGCUCUACUGCCAGGCUGGGGCGGGGGGAUCCUGGCUGGGCGGCGCUGCUGGGCCAGGCCCCGGGGGGCGGGGGAGAAGAGUAGCGCGAAGCCUCCUCCUGGGCUGUUCUUCCCCGGCCGGACGGAGAGCGGCACUGUGUCCCCGCGGCGCGGCGCACGCUCCGCCUGAGCCGCCCCCUUUCACCCCCGCUCCUGCCGCCGCCGAGCAACCUCCUCCCCCCACCUCUCCCCGGGCAGGAGCCGCCGCCGCACCGCGAAGCAAGGAGGCAGCGGGAGCAGCUAGGGCGCCAGCCGGCCGGCGGUGGUGGAGCAGCAGCAGCACCCACCCGGCACGGAGGCUACUCAAUGCUGCACCUUCCGGAGCUGCAUGAGAGGCCGGUAGAGGACUGUGGAGAAGGAAAGUUUAUAACCAGUGGCACCAGGAUGGACUUUCCUGCUACCCAACCAAAACCUCCUGCCGAUGGCAAGAUCAUCUACUAUCCUCCCGGAGUAAAGGAGAUCACAGACAAAAUUACUAACGAUGAGGUGGUCAAACGGUUGAAGAUGGUAGUAAAAACCUUCAUGGACAUGGACCAGGACUCAGAAGAUGAGAAACAGCAGUAUCUCCCUUUAGCCUUGCAUCUUGCAUCUGAAUUCUUCCUCAGGAAUCCCAACAAAGAUGUGCGUCUCCUUGUAGCAUGUUGCUUGGCUGAUAUAUUCCGAAUCUAUGCUCCAGAAGCGCCAUAUACAUCCCAUGAUAAACUUAAGGACAUAUUCUUGUUUAUUACAAGACAGUUAAAAGGCUUGGAGGACACUAAGAGCCCCCAAUUUAACCGAUACUUUUACUUAUUAGAGAAUUUAGCAUGGGUUAAAUCUUACAACAUCUGCUUUGAGCUGGAAGAUUGCAAUGAAAUUUUUAUUCAGCUUUUUAGGACUCUCUUUUCAGUCAUCAACAAUAGCCACAACCAGAAGGUACAAAUGCACAUGCUGGAUUUGAUGAGUUCUAUCAUCAUGGAGGGUGAUGGAGUAACUCAAGAGCUUCUGGACUCCAUUCUCAUUAACCUCAUUCCUGCACACAAGAACCUUAAUAAACAAGCAUUUGAUCUUGCAAAAGUCUUGUUGAAAAGGACUGUCCAGACUAUUGAACCAUGUAUCGCCAAUUUUUUUAACCAGGUUCUGGUACUGGGAAAGUCUUCAGUAAGUGACUUGUCAGAACAUGUGUUUGAUCUGAUACAAGAGCUUUUUGCCAUAGAUCCUCACUUAUUGCUGUCCGUCAUGCCACAGCUUGAGUUCAAACUGAAGAGUAAUGAUGGAGAAGAGCGUUUGGCUGUUGUUCGACUUCUAGCUAAACUAUUUGGCUCUAAAGAUUCUGAUCUGGCAACACAAAAUCGUCCUCUUUGGCAAUGCUUUCUUGGACGAUUUAAUGAUAUACAUGUCCCUGUGAGAUUAGAAAGUGUGAAAUUUGCCAGUCAUUGUUUAAUGAACCAUCCGGAUUUAGCAAAAGACCUCACCGAGUACUUGAAGGUUAGAUCACAUGACCCAGAAGAAGCGAUUCGACAUGAUGUCAUUGUUACAAUUAUAACUGCUGGGAAGAGAGACCUUUCUUUAGUCAAUGACCAGCUACUUGGCUUUGUAAGGGAAAGAACACUAGAUAAACGGUGGCGAGUAAGAAAAGAAGCUAUGAUGGGACUUGCCCAGCUAUACAAGAAGUAUUGUCUUCAUGCUGAGGCUGGCAAAGAUGCUGCAGAGAAAGUGAGCUGGAUAAAGGAUAAACUUUUGCACAUAUAUUAUCAGAAUAGCAUUGAUGACAAGUUACUGGUAGAGAAAAUCUUUGCUCAGUAUCUUGUCCCACACAAUUUGGAAACAGAAGAGAGAAUGAAAUGCUUGUACUAUUUAUAUGCUAGCUUGGAUCCAAAUGCUGUCAAAGCACUGAAUGAGAUGUGGAAGUGCCAGAAUAUGCUUAGGAGUCAUGUACGGGAAUUACUGGACUUGCAUAAGCAGCCCACUUCGGAAGCAAAUAGUAGUGCCAUGUUUGGAAAGCUGAUGACCAUAGCAAAAAACCUUCCAGAUCCCGGAAAAGCACAAGAUUUUGUGAAGAAAUUCAAUCAGGUUCUUGGGGAUGAUGAGAAACUUCGAUCUCAGCUCGAGUUGUUAAUCAGCCCUACAUGUUCAUGUAAACAGGCAGAUGUCUGUGUGCGGGAGAUAGCCCGGAAGCUUGCAAAUCCAAAGCAGCCAACAAAUCCUUUCCUGGAGAUGGUCAAAUUUCUUUUGGAAAGAAUUGCCCCAGUGCACAUUGACUCAGAAGCCAUUAGCGCACUAGUAAAGCUGAUGAAUAAAUCAAUAGAGGGGACAGCUGAUGAUGAAGAGGAGGGUGUAAGUCCUGAUACUGCUAUUCGUGCAGGACUUGAACUUCUCAAGGUUUUGUCUUUCACACAUCCUACCUCGUUCCACUCUGCAGAGACAUAUGAGUCUCUCCUGCAGUGCCUCAGGAUGGAAGAUGAUAAGGUAGCUGAGGCAGCUAUUCAGAUUUUCAGAAACACAGGCCACAAAAUAGAAACAGACCUGCCGCAGAUAAGAUCGACAUUAAUUCCUAUUUUGCAUCAGAAAGCAAAGAGAGGUACUCCUCACCAAGCAAAACAGGCUGUCCACUGUAUACAUGCCAUAUUCUCAAAUAAAGAAGUGCAACUUGCACAGAUCUUUGAGCCUCUUAGUAGAAGUUUGAAUGCUGAUGUUCCAGAGCAACUUAUAACUCCAUUAGUCUCUUUGGGCCAUAUUUCUAUGUUAGCUCCAGACCAGUUUGCUUCUCCAAUGAAAUCUGUGGUUGCAAAUUUCAUCGUGAAAGAUCUCCUCAUGAAUGAUAGGUCAACAGGAGAGAAAAAUGGGAAAUUGUGGUCCCCAGAUGAAGAGGUUUCCCCAGAAGUUCUAGCAAAGGUGCAAGCAAUUAAACUUUUGGUACGCUGGCUCUUGGGUAUGAAAAACAACCAGUCUAAAUCUGCAAAUUCAACACUCCGGUUAUUAUCAGCUAUGUUGGUCAGUGAAGGAGACUUAACAGAACAGAAGAGAAUCAGUAAAUCAGAUAUGUCUCGUCUCCGACUGGCUGCUGGUAGUGCCAUAAUGAAGCUUGCACAGGAACCUUGUUACCAUGAAAUAAUUACCCCAGAGCAGUUCCAGCUCUGUGCACUUGUCAUUAAUGAUGAGUGUUAUCAAGUGAGGCAGAUAUUUGCUCAGAAGCUGCACAAGGCACUUGUGAAGUUACUGCUCCCGUUGGAAUACAUGGCAAUCUUUGCCUUGUGUGCCAAAGACCCUGUGAAAGAGAGAAGAGCACAUGCCAGACAGUGUUUGCUCAAAAAUAUCAGUAUACGAAGAGAGUAUAUUAAGCAGAACCCUAUGGCUAAUGAAAAGCUGUUAUCUCUGCUGCCUGAAUAUGUGGUACCAUAUAUGAUUCAUUUACUGGCACACGAUCCAGAUUUCACAAAACCUCAGGAUGUUGAUCAACUUCGUGAUAUCAAAGAGUGUCUGUGGUUCAUGCUUGAAGUUUUAAUGACAAAGAAUGAGAACAACAGCCAUGCCUUCAUGAAAAAGAUGGCAGAAAGCAUCAAGCUUACCCGGGAUGCUCAGUCUCCUGAUGAGCCUAAGGCCAAUGAAAAACUCUAUACAGUAUGUGAUGUAGCACUGUGUGUAAUCAACAGCAAGAGUGCUUUAUGUAAUGCAGAUUCACCAAAGGACCCUGUAUUGCCCACCAAAUUUUUUACGCAACCUGAAAAGGACUUCUGUAAUGACAGGAAUUAUAUUACAGAAGAGACAAGGGUUCUUCUUUUAACAGGAAAGCCAAAACCAACUGGUGUAUUAGGUGCAGUAAACAAACCAUUAUCUGCAACUGGAAGGAGACCUUAUAUUAGAAGCACAGGAUCAGAGACUGGAAGCAAUAUUAGUGUAAACUCGGAGUUGAGCUCUCCUGCAGGAAACAGAUCAAGGGAACAGAGUUCAGAUAUAUCAGAAACUGGGGUCAGCGAAAAUGAUGAAAAUCCAGUGAGGAUUAUUUCAGUCACACCAGCAAAGACAGAACCUGUGAAAAACAAGGAGAUUCAUUCUGAUCAGGCUACACAAGGAAACAUUAGCACUGAACGUGGAAAAAAAAGAACGGCAGCAGCAGCUGGAUCAGAAAACAUUCAUCAAAAAACAGAAGAAAAAAAAGCAGAUGAAUCAGGACCACCAGCCCCUCCCAAACCUAGGAGAGGGCGUCCACCAAAGUCUGAAUCUCAGGGCACCACAGUAAAAAAUGAUGAAACAAAUAAACCAUCUGGCAGGGGAAGGAAAAGGGCAGCAGUCAGUCAAGAGAGUUCAGGGGGUUUAGAGGCAGGUAAUGCCAAAGCACCAAAACAGCAAGACAUAGCAAAAAAAGCAGCACCAGCACAGAGACAAAUUGAUCUACAAAGGUAAAAAGAAAGCUUACACGAAAAGGGAGGAAAUGAAGGCCAAAUAAAGGCAAGCUCCAAGCUUCUGCAAAAACUAAGAUUCUGAAAUUUCCUAUACAGGAACUGAAAUUACUUCAAAACACACAGCUUUCAGCUCUGAAAACAGAAGGAAAACUAUGCUUCCCUUUUACAUGAAAUUAAUCCUUCUCAAUGGAAAUGUAAAGCAGAAACUCUUGAGAAAGAGGCUAAAAGCAUCUGUACUUAUUUCCCCAGAGACUUUUUUUUAUGAAAAGUCAAUAAUUAAGCAAAUUGCUUAACACUUGGUUCCAGUUUCUGCAUAUCUGGAGUUUAAAAGUAUUUUACUCCAUUAAUUUUCAUGCUGCAUUUUUUUUUUUUAAAAGAAAGUCAAAGGAGAGGUUCUUUUACUGACACUGAAAAUUUGUGAUCCGAGAGCCAGGUUAUUCCCAUGUUUCACAAGAAAAAGUAGAUGUCUACUGAAUGGAAACAAGUAGAGGAAAAUCACAAGAAAUAUUUCUUUGCUUUACUUUUGGAGACUGUUUUAUGUAUAAUUCUUUCCGCCUGCCUACUUUUCUGCAAAAAUAAGAUGUACAGAUUUCAGUUCCCUGCUAUGAAAAGUCAUGUGGUGGCAAUUUUAUAAAUGUUGCUUUCUGAUUUUUAUCAGAGUGGGAAAAUAAUCACUUAAAAUUAUUAUUGAUUUGCAAGUAGACAUUUCAUUUUUUAAUUUUUCCUCCAUUUUAGUUUAAUAUAAUUUGCAAUAAAUGUACAUAUUGAUGUUUGUUUUAUAAAAACAUAUAUCACUUUUAAGUGUUUUUACUCCAGCAGUUCUGUUGGAAUAUUCAAAAUUUUAAAGGAGUAAAGACAGUCCAGCAUUUGAUUUUAUAAUGUUUGUCACCAGAUUUUUAUUAUUGAUGUAAAAAAGUCAAUUUUUAAAAAUAGUUGGACUUCGGCAGCUUUGUAAGGAAAGUUGGAAAUGGUUAGGGUUGCUCUCAAUUUUGAGCAUUGUGCUGAUUGGAAGUAAGGUCUGUUUUGCAUUUUGUCUUCCUGUCCAGGCUCAUUUUUAAUGUUUGUUUUAGAAGACUGUUGCAUCAAUAUUAUGUUUCCUGGCAUCGUUCAGCAUAGAUACAGUGUACACUUUUAUGUACACAUGAUCAUAUUUAAGUUUGUUGCAUAAAAUAAACGCUUCUAGGUGUCA